GGAAGUCGCCCCGCGAUGUUACUAGUGCUGCUGAGCCUGGCCGCGCUGUGCUGGGGUGCCAUGCCCCCAGAGCCGACAAUUCAGUGUGGCUCUGAGCCUGGACUGUCUCCAGAAUGGAUGGUUCGACACGCUCUGACCCCAGGAGACUUGAGGGACCUCCAAGUGGAACCUAUUAAAAGCAGUGUUGCAGUGGAGGACUAUUCAAUUUUGAUGAACAUAAGCUGGAUACUCCGGGCAGAUGCCAGUAUCCGAUUGCUGAAGGCCACCAAGAUCUGUGUGACGGGCAAGAGCCAGAAGCAGACCUACAGCUGCGUGAGGUGCAAUUACACUGAGGCCUUCCAGACUCAGACCAGACCCUCUGGCGGCAAAUGGAUGUUUUCCUACGUAGGCUUUCCAGUAGAGCUGAAUACACGCUAUUUCAUUGGAGCCCAUAAUAUCCCCAAUGCAAAUAUGAACGAAGAUGGCCCCUCCUUGGCUGUGAACUUCACCUCACCAGGCUGCCUGGACCGCAUAAUGAAAUACAAAAAAAAGUGCAUUGAGGCAGGAAGUCUGUGGGAUCCAAACAUCACUGCUUGUAAGAAGAGCGAGAACACAGUAGAAGUGAAUUUUACAACCAGUCCCCUUGGAAACAGAUACAUGGCUCUGAUCCAAAACUCCACUGUAAUUGGGACUUCUUAUGUGUCGGAGAAAGAACUAACUCGAACUUCUGUGGUGGUUCAAGUGACUGGGGAAAGCGAAGGUGCUGUGGUCCAGCUGACUCCAUAUUUCCGUACCUGUGGCAACGACUGCAUCCGACGCAGAGGAACCGUUGUGCGUUGCCCACACACAGGGGUCCCCUUCCCACAAGAUCAGAGCAGAAGCAUGUUGAGUGGCUGGCUGCCUCUCCUCCUCCUGGCUCUGCUGGUGGCCAUAUGGGUGCUAGCAGGUGGGAUCUAUCUGACCCGGAGGCAUGAAAGAAUUAAGACGACUUCCUUCUCUGCUACCAUACUACUGCCCCCCAUUAAGGUUCUUGUGGUUUACCCAUCUGAAAUAUGUUUCCAUCACACAGUUUGUUACUUUACUCGAUUUCUUCAAAACCACUGCAGAAGUGAGGUUAUCCUUGAAAAGUGGCAGAAAAAGAAAAUAGCCGAGAUGGGUCCCGUGCAGUGGCUUACCACUCAGAAGGCAGCAGCAGAUAAGGUCAUUUUCCUUCUUUCCAAUGAUGGCAACACAGCGUGUGAUGGUACCUGCAGCAACAGCGAGGGCGGUCCCCAUGAGAACUCCCAAGAUCUGUUCCCCCUUGCCUUUAACCUCUUUUGCAGCGAUCUGAGAAGCCAGACUCACCUGCACAAAUACGUGGUGGUCUAUUUCAGAGAGGUGGACACCAAAGAUGACUACAGUGCACUCAGUGUCUGCCCCACAUACCACCUCAUGAAGGAUGCCCCCGCUUUCUGCAAAGAGCUGCUCCACGCCGAGCAGCAUGUGUCGGUGGGGAGAAGGCUGCAGGCCUGCCACUACAGCUGUUCUUCCCUGUAGCCCAGUCAUGAAGUGGGAGACCUUUAUGCCUUCCUACCCCUCCAGUGACAGGAUUAAAAAAAGCAUCUGUGAUGAUUUGGAAGUUCACUGAACAGGCUACUUGUAGGGAGGGUUACAAUAGAAACUUAAACAACCCAGGGGGGUAGGAGUGCUGACCACUGAGCAGGUGAAAAUCCAUAUAUAGCUGUAUAGUCUGCCCUCCCUAUCUGUGAUGCUGCAGAUUGUGUAAUACUGUAGUCUGUAUUUAUUGGAAGAAACCUGUAUAAAUGGAUCUGCCCAAUUCAAAUGUGUUAUUCAAGGGUCAACCAUAUGCAUACCUACUAUAGCAACAGGGAAAGGAAGGAUUCAUACACCAUAGUCUUGUAAUUAAAAAAUUUUAUGCCAAUAAAGUUGUUACAAAUAUUA